AUGUCCUACAUCAAGCAGCCCCACUACGGCGUCAACGGGCUGAGCCUGGCCGGGCCUGGCAUGGACCUGCUGCACCCCGCCGUGGGGUACCCUGCCACGCCGAGGAAGCAGCGCCGGGAGCGCACGACGUUCACGCGGGCGCAGCUGGACAUCCUGGAGGCUCUUUUCGCCAAGACCCGUUACCCCGACAUCUUCAUGCGCGAGGAGGUGGCCCUGAAGAUCAACCUGCCCGAGUCCCGCGUCCAGGUCUGGUUCAAGAACCGCCGGGCCAAGUGCCGGCAGCAGCAGCAGCAGAGCAGCGGCCAAGCCAAGCCCCGGCCCCCCAAGAAGAAGAACUCCCCGGCGCGCGACGCCAGCACCGAACCGGGACCACCGGGGCCCUACAGCCCACCCCCCACCGCCCCCCCGGGCACCCCCAGCUCUGCCGCCGGCGCCACCGUCUCCAUCUGGAGCCCGGCUUCCAUCUCGCCCGUUCCCGACCCUCUGGCUUCGGCGGCGGCUCCGGCGCUGCCGCGCUCGGCUCCGUUCCCCGGCACCUACAGCCAAGCCGCCGGCUACGGCCAAAGCUACGCCGGCUCGGCCGCCUAUUUCGGGGGGCUGGACUGCGGCUCCUACCUCUCCCCCAUCCACCCGCAGCUGGGGACCCCCGGGGCGGCGCUCAGCCCCCUGGCCCCCCCCACCAUGGGUGCCCAUCUCGCCCCCUCGCCCGCCGGUUUGGCCGGGCAGGGCUACGGCACCGCCGGGCUGGGCUACGGCCCCGUCGACUGCCUGGACUACAAGGAUCAGGCCGGCUCCUGGAAGCUCAAUUUCAACGCUGCCGACUGCCUGGAUUACAAGGAUCAAAGCUCCUGGAAAUUCCAGGUUUUGUGAGGGGGAGCAGCUCCCGUCCCCGCCGGCGGCACCGGCGACCCCCCCGGCCGGGGCAGGUUCGGCGGCGGCGGCGUCUCCAGCGGCACGUGCCGGCACCGCGGGGCAGCUGCGUGGCACGGAGCGUCCCGGCACGGAGCAUCCCGGCACGGAGCAUCCCGGCACGGACCUUCCGGGAAUGAAGCAUCCCAGGAUGGAGCAUCCCGGCACGGAGCAAUCCUGCACGGAGCGUCCUGGCAUGGACCAUCCCAGGAUGGAGCAUUCCCAUGGCAUGGACCAGCCGUGUGGCACGGAACGUCCUCGUGGCAUGGCACAUUCCCAUGGCACUGACCAUUCCAGCACCACCACGGCACGGGAUAUCCCAGCGGGAUGGAGGAUUCCUGGAGCAGGGACUGUCCCUGCGGCACGGAGCAUCCUGGCAUGGAGCAUCCCCGUAGGGAUCACCCCAGGGCGCGGACUAUUCCAUGGCACAGACUGUUCUGACUCCCUGGGGUGUCCCGGUGCCCAGGAUCAUCCCGAGGGACAUGCAGCGGGAUGGGACUCUCCCAUUCCAGCGAGCCCUGGGAGCGUCCCCGUCCCCUGCUGCCCCUGAUCCCCUCCCAAGCCCCGACCCCCCUUGGGUCUCCCCGUCCCCCCCGUAGCUGCCUGUCCUCCCCCCGACCCCCCCCCCCGGGGCUGCCGAGCACACGGAGGAAGGAAAAAAACU